AUGAUGACAUCUCCUGUGUUUGUUCUCGGUCUCACAUGUCUGUUCAUGGGGAAAAUGGCCCAGGUGACUGGCCUGAAAUCCUCCUCAUCUGUUCAUGAAAUCAGUGGUUUUAUAUCACGUAAUGUUGGUGACAGCAUAACUUUGCAAUGUUCUGAUAAACCUAACGUUGUGGCAAAGCUCUACUGGUUUAAGCAAACUCUGGGUCAGAAACCAAGACUCAUCUCCACCUUCUAUGGGUUUGACAAAAAUUACACUUUUUAUAAUGAAUUCAAGAACAAUCCACGCUUCACACUGGACACUGGAAACAGUAAAAAUUACUUGACGAUCACACAUUUGCAGAUUUUAGACUCAGCUACUUACUACUGUGUUGGUUCUUAUUUUAAAAGUUUAGAAUUUUUGGAGGUCACUAUGCUCAAUGUAAUGGGUUCAGGUUUGAACAUCCAAGCUUUGGUGCAUCAGUCGGCAUCUAAAAGCAUCCAGCCAGGAGGCUCUGUGACUCUGAACUGUACAGUACACACUGGGACCUGUGAUGAUGGAGAACACAGUGUUUACUGGUUCAAAUACUCUGAAGAAUCUCAUCCAGGACUCAUUUACACACAUGGAGGCAGGAAUGAUCAGUGUAAGAGGAACACCAACACACAAACACACACCUGUGUCUACAACUUGCCGAUGCAGAGUCUGAAUCCUUCUCAUGAUGGGACCUACUACUGUGCUGUCGCCCUAUGUGGACAGAUACUGUUUGGAAACGGGACCAAACUGGAUGUUCGCAAUGAGGUAGACUCUCUUGUCUUGGUGUAUUUCUUGAGUGGAGCUUUGGCGUUCACCACCAUCCUCAGUGUUUUACUGGCUUUCUCAAUGUACAAGAUGAAGAGAAACAGCUUUCUAUCUAUAGCAUCUGAAGCAACAUUUUCAGCUCCUCAUGCAACAAUUGAUGAGGUUCACCAAGACACAGACAACCUGCAAUAUGCUGCUUUAAGUGUGAAGCUGCCCAACAGAUCAAGAAGAGUGAAGAACAACUCCAACAAUGAAUGUGUGUACUCCAGUGUAAAGUAG